AGCGCCGACGGAGCCGGGAGCGGACAGGAGCGGACGGAGUCGUGACUGUCGUGUGGUCGUGGCCGCUAUAUAGCGCUAUAUACGCUCUAUACGCUCUAUACGCUCCAGUGACGGUGGUGCGUGGCAGUGUGGUGCGGUGUGCGGUGGUGGUGCGUUUGUCGUCAAUUACAACUGCGACCAGUGAUCGCGUGAGAGAAUCGGUUGACCGUUCGCGCGAACAAUCGGUCGGUUAUUGGUAGAUGCUCUAGAACGUGUGACAAGUUGUUCCCACAGUCAGCUGGUAACGAUGGAGACCAUAAACGCGGAUCUGCGGCGCGAGCGCGAGAGAUGCAGCUUCAAUCCCGCGGAACUCACGAGUUUCUGGGACGGCAAUGCGGAGAAGACACAGCAUCGGCGCGAACUAGAAAACUUCUUUUUAAGUGAUCCGCUUCUGCAUGACAAAAUUCCUGCGAAAUACAAGAGUCACAAAGAAAUUUACGAAGAUGCAAUAAUGAAAGGAUGUCGAGUGUUACAGAAAAUACAUGACUCAGAAAACGGCGGCAUGGAAGUUUUUUCACAAAUUUUAGGAGGCAUGUUAGGCUCAGCGAUACUGAAGGACGGUAAUCCGAUGACACUGCACUAUGUGAUGUUCAUACCGACUGUUAUGGGACAGGGUACUGUCGAACAGCAAGGACAUUGGAUAUCUAGGGCUUGGAAUUGCGAUAUCAUCGGUACUUAUGCUCAAACGGAGCUUGGCCAUGGCACAUUUAUUAGAGGUUUGGAAACUACAGCGACUUACGAUCCUGAAACCAGAGAAUUUAUAUUAAAUAGCCCGACUUUGACAUCAUAUAAAUGGUGGCCUGGUGGUUUGGGUCAUACGGCAAAUUAUGCAAUUGUUGUUGCACAAUUAUAUACAAAAGGAGAAUGCAGAGGUAUCCAUGCUUUUAUCGUGCAACUUAGGGACGAGGAUACUCAUGAACCUUUACCAGGUAUAAAGAUUGGUGAAAUCGGUACCAAGUUAGGAAUGAAUGCAACUAAUAAUGGCUUUCUCGGUUUCGAGAACGUCAGAAUACCGCGCGAGCAUAUGCUGAUGAAAAAUUCUCAGGUGUUAGAGGAUGGAACUUACGUGAAAGCGUCUAGUGAUAAACUCACUUACGGUACAAUGAUGUUCGUUCGAGUGGUAUUAGUACGCGAUAUUUCGAAUUACCUGUCAAAAGCAGUGACAAUAGCUAUUAGAUAUAGUGCAGUGAGACGACAGAGUCAGAUAAAACCCGACGAGCCGGAAUCACAAAUUAUGGAUUAUGUUACACAACAAUAUAAAUUGUUUCCUAAUCUUGCUGCAUGUUUCGCAUUUCGAAUGUGCGCCGACUGGAUUUGGGAGAUGUAUAAUAAUGUGACAGCUGAAUUAGAUCAGGGAGAACUAGAAAGACUACCUGAGCUGCAUGCGCUGGCAUGUUGUCUAAAGGCAGUUGCAUCGUCAGACGGAGCUACUGGUAUUGAGCAGUUACGAUUGGCAUGUGGUGGACAUGGUUAUAUGGAUGCGAGCAACUUGCCAGCGACUUAUGGUUUAGUGACUGCUACUUGCACUUACGAAGGCGAAAACACGGUUCUGCUCUUGCAAACCGCUAGAUAUCUGGUGAAAGCUUGGAGACAAGCUGUUGGCGGUGAACCACUGCCGCCAACUGUCGAAUAUUUAGUUGUUCUUUCGCGUGGAGUAAAACAACGUCCUUGGAAAAAUACUUUAUCGUGUAUUGUACAAGCACACCAAGCGGUAGCUGCAGGCAAAAUUCGUUUGGCGACAAAAAACAUGGAUCGCAGAAUACGUAGUGGUGUGUCACCAGAAGACGCAUGGAAUCAAACUAGCAUUGAAUUAGCACAUUGCGCAGAAUCUCAUUGCCGAGCUUUCUUGGUGAUGAGAUUCGUUGAGAAUGUCAAGAGAUUGACAUCCGUAUCCAAACAGUUUCGCGAUGUUUUAACACAACUUUGUGAAUUGUACUCGAUAUAUUGGGUAUUGCAACGACUUGGUGAUUUCCUUCGUUUUUCUUGUCUGAAUAAUGAAGAUGUUCCGGCGCUCCAGGCACGCUUCGAAGAGAUGCUCGCUGCAAUCCGUCCAAAUGCUGUCGGUAUCGUUGAUGGAUUCGAUAUUCGCGACGAGAUUCUCGCAUCUGCGCUCGGUGCAUAUGACGGUAAUGUAUAUCAGCGUCUUUUUGAUGAGGUAAUGAAAAGUCCUUUAAAUCAGGAGAGUGUUAAUCAAUCAUUCCAUAAAUAUCUCAAGCCUUUUCUUAAAAGUAAUUUAUAGUCAUAUUGCGUUUGUCAGAAAAGAGUCAGCCAAUAAGUUUAAUUAACGUAAUGAAUAAGGCCAUUUUUUAAUUUCAUUUCAAUAAAUUUGCAUGGAAAUAUAUGCCUACAUUACUAAGAGACACAAAACUAUCUUGCAUAAUUUCCAAUGUGGAACAAGUUAAUCAUUAUAAAUUGCAAAUACUGCAACAAAUUUAAUGAAUUUUUUAAAAGAUACUCUGUCUCAUGAUCGUUAUAUUGAGUUAUAAACGUCAAAGUAUUACGUUAAAAAAAUUAAUAUUUAAAAAUAUUUUUUUUUUGUAGAAUAAAUUGAAAUAAAUCAAUCCUUUUGCAAACUAUCACAUACGCUCAAUAAUAUGGAUUAGUAAAAUAUACAGAAGUUUUAUGAAUUAGUAAAAAAUAUACAAAAACGGUAAAUAGCUGUAUAAAUUAAUCAAUUUAUACUAAGUAAACGUAAUGUAUAUUUACUAAUAAUAAGAGAAUAAUAAAAAGAUCGAUAUAUUUUCGAUAUAUUUUAGCAAUUCAUAUUACUAAAUUCGAGUGUUAACAUACAAAGAAACUAAUUUUUCUUACACAUUGUAAAGAAAAAGAAUCAAUUCUGUAUAGCUAUAGUGAGAAAAGAGCUUCAAAUAUAACAAAUUUCGUUCACUUUCUAUGAUAUAAUAUAUAAGUAAUAUAAAUAAUUAUCGCACAAUAUAAUAUGAUAUAUUGAUAUUAUAUGGAGAUAUAUAUAAGAUGUUUCUUGUAUGUUAUAUAUCAAUGCUUCAGGAAUAAAUUUAAAACAAAAGAAUAAUUGAGAUAGUAAAGAAUAUAUGAACAUAAAUUGUUUAGAUUGUUUAAAGUUUACAUAUGCACGCAUACAUUCUCUUUGACAUUUUUAUUACUUUUAAAUUUAAAUUGGAAAAAAAAGAAGUUUGGGCGACUUAUUUUCAUAUGAAACUUCAAGAUUAUCUGAAGUAUUGAGAUAUCAUUGAGAAUCAUUCUGUAUGAUGUCUCGAUGUUUCAUGUUAAAAUGUUUGUCUUUUAAAAGACAUUUUGACAUGAUGCAAUUUAACAGAAAUACUUUUAUAAGAUUGAUGAAAACGUAUUUGUAUUGAAGAAAACGUACAUUUAUUGGCAUCUGUAUCAAUAUUGUUUCUGUUUUAUGUAUUACGUAUAAAGUAUUUUCUACGUUCAUGAAUCAAUCUUUAAAAAUGUGAUUGAUAUUUUUGAUAGUGAUAUAUUUUAUGAAAUAUAAAUAUUGUAUAUGUGAAAUAAGGGCACAUGCAAAGUAUUGUUCUGCAAAUGAUAAUCUUAAUGAAAGAAAAAAAUGUAAUUUUUACAGUUAAAUGUCCUAUAGUACGUGUAUUUACAGAUUUACCUUUGAGGAUAUCAUAGCAAUUUAAUGUAACUCGAAGGUAUGAAUACAUACUAUAUUUUGAUAUACAAAUAAAGUGCAAAUAAUCUUCCUUCGUUA